AUUCUCGUGGAGAAAAAGAAUGGCGAAAACCAUAGAAUAAUAAUGAAAUUUCGAUUGACACAUGACAUAAACCUCAAAUGUCUUCCAUUUUUAUGUCUUUUCCUUGAGCUCGCCUAUUCGGGUAUAAUUGUGUUGGAGGUUAUACAAAAUAUAAUUCAGGAUGGUGCGAAUGAACGUAUUGAGUGAUGCACUCAAAUCCAUCAACAAUGCCGAAAAGCGGGGCAAAAGACAGGUCAUGAUCAGGCCAUGCUCAAAAGUCAUCGUUAGAUUCUUAACUGUAAUGAUGAAGAAGGGUUACAUUGGAGAAUUCGAAAUUGUCGAUGAUCACAGAAGUGGAAAAAUUAUCGUUAAUUUAACUGGUAGAUUAAACAAAUGUGGAGUUAUUUCCCCUAGAUUUGAUGUCCCAAUCACACACAUUGAAAAAUGGACAAACAAUCUUCUCCCUUCAAGACAGUUCGGAUAUGUAGUCCUAACUACAAGUGGUGGAAUUAUGGAUCACGAAGAAGCUAGGAGGAAACAUCUGGGAGGCAAAAUUCUUGGUUUCUUCUUCUAGUGAUUUAUAAUUAAAAUAAAAAAAAUGUAAAGAUAA